CCUCGACACAAGCCUCCGCACUCGCAGGAGCGUCAAUAGGCCGCACUGGACGGGCUCAUGGGUCUCUUCUCCCGGCUGCGCCGUCGUGGGCGCGAUGACGACGAACGCGCGCCGCUGCUGGCCCAGCAAGCUGCGCCGCCGCCGCGCAAGACGCCGCUGCCGCGCAUGCAGCUCUUUGUGCUCUGUCUGAUGCGCCUCAGCGAGCCUAUUGCGUUCACGUGCAUCUUUCCCUUUGUGCCGCAGAUGCUGCACGACAAUCUGCCUGGCGUGCCGAGCAAGCAGAUAGGCUACUACGCCGGCCUCGUCGAGUCGCUCUUUGCGCUCGUGCAGUUCCUCACCGGCCUGCUCUGGGGCUCGCUGAGCGAUCGCAUCGGACGUAAGCCCGUGCUGCUCAUUGGCCUGCUGGGCACCUUUGCCUCGGUCAAUGCUUUUGGUCUUUCGCGCAGCUUCAAUCAGAUGAUCGCCGCGCGCGCGCUCAACGGCCUGAUGAACGGCAACGUGGCCGUCAUCCGCUCUGUGCUUGGCGAACUGACGGACGAGACGAAUCAAGCGCGCGCCUUCUCCUUUCUGCCGCUCAUGUAUGCCAUCGGCAGCAUCAUCGGCCCCACCCUCGGCGGCACACUCUCUGACCCCGUGCAUGCGUUUCCCUGGCUUUUCGGACGCUCCGAGUUCCUGGCCACGUAUCCAUACUGGCUGCCAUGCGGCGUCGCGGGCGCACUCAAUGUCGUGGGCCUCGUCAUUGGCUUUUUCUACCUCGAGGAGACGCUGCCUUCCAAGGCUGCACCGCCGCCCUCUCCCCGGGACGAGAGCAACGAGACACCAGAGGGCAGCGCCACGCCCACGCUCACGCAUCGUCUCUCCGAGCCCGACUUGCAUCGCGCCACCCUUGCACGCGCAGCUUCGCGCCUGGCAGCUCGACGUGCCGGCGAGGCGGCAGCGGCCGCAGAGCGCCAAGCAGCGCAGGAGGAGCUGCCGGUGCCAUUCCGUGCCAUCCUCACUGGCAAUGUCAUCAAGGUGCUGACGAACCAGGCGCUCAUCAACCUCAUCAACAUCUCCUACAUGGCUGCCCUGCCGCUCUUUUGCUACACCGACGUGGCCGAGGGCGGGCUGAGCUUCAGCAAGGCGGAUAUCGGCAACCUCCUUGCCGCCAACGGCGUGUGUGCCAUCUUCGUGCAGCUCUUCCUCUUUCCCUACCUCGAAGGGCGCAUCGGUGGACCUCAGCCGUUGCUCAAGCGCGUGCUGCCCUUCUUCGCCUCUGCCUUUCUGCUCUUUCCGCUUGCACACGCCGCUGCUUUGCUGGGCCGUGCGCAGGUCUGGAGCGUGCUCGGCGUCAUUCUCGUGGUGCGCAGCAUCGGCGGCAUGAGCAUCGUCACGGGCACGCUGUGCAUCAACAACAUCGCGCCGAACCGCGCCAGCUUGGGCCGCGUCAAUGGGCUGGCGCAAAGUCUCGGCAGUCUGGCAAGAGCCAUCGGGCCGAUUGGCAGCAGCUCCCUCUUCGCCUUUUCCAUUGAACAUCCCGACCUCCUCGGCGGCCAACUCGUUUGGUACACACUCUUCGCCAUCGCCGCCCUCACAUGGCUCCUCUCGCUGCGCAUCCGCGACGCCAACAAGGCGCGCUGGCGCAAGGAGAAGCGUGUGCUAGCGGCCCCAGCCCCGAUGGCCGCCGAUGGUGAGGCCGCACCCGCGGAAGUCUUUACGACGAUGCUUCUCUCCGCAGCCGCGACGCCCGCGGCGACGCUCGAAUCCCUGCUUCCGCCGCAGCUCUGCGCCAUGCUCCACGAGGCAUCACCACGCACGCAGGGCGACGUCGUCUCGACUCAUGUGCUCGCACGCCGCAUCCCUCUGCUGCGCGAGCAUCUGCGACGUCUCUCCACUGCCGUGGCGGCGCUGCACGCAGCCGCGCCGUCCGCGUGGCAGACGCCUGCCAGCUACGCCGCGCUCUCGGAGGAGCGUCUGCUGCAGGCGCUGCACGAGGCGCUAGAUGGUCAGACCGAGGCGCGGCGAGUCAGACUGGCCCUUUCACGAGAAGAAGGAGUCGUGGCAGUGCAACACUAUGCUCUCUCGCAAGUGCCGCAAUCUCCUUCCGUCAGGCUCGACGUCGAAGCAACUCGGCCGCGCACUGGCACACUCGACGACGUAGUGCUCCGCCACAAGACAUCUGCGCGCGGCAUCUACGACGAAGCUCGCUCUCGGGUGCACGCCACGCUGGGUGCUCCUGCUGCGGCGAGGGACCAAGCAGCGUGCUUUGACGUGCUGCUCUGGCUCGAAGAGAGCGGCGAGCGACUACUGACGGAGAGCAGCAUUGCCUCUGUGUUGCUACAGCUCGCUCCUUCUUCCUCGUCAUCCGCAGCAGGAGAAGCAGAAGAGAGGCCCGUAGCGCGCUUCGUCACGCCUCCAAGGCGCCUGCCGCUGCUGCCGGGAGUGGUGCGCAGCGAACUGCUGCGACGAGGCGCGGUGCGCGAAGAAGAGAUCAGCGUGGCACGCCUCAAGAGCGAAUUGCAGAGAGGAGGUAGACUGUGGCUCGUCAAUGCGCUGAGAGGCGCAUUUGAGGUGCACUUGAUACCGUAGCGCAGCACGCGGAGGCUAUAUUAUACAUUGCCCUGAAGAGCCGCAGAAGAGGCGUGAUGCAUUCGGAGCGGGAUCGACGCAAGGCGAAAGGGUAGUGCGCCGGCAGAGGUGCGCGCACGCGACGUCAGGUCGCCACUCUCGAUGUGGAUGACCGAUCCCUCGGCACAUCAGAAGUCCGUGGCGCGGCCACCGUAGCUCCACUCGCGCGCCCAGGUGAGGGGGUCCUGCUUUGGGCCGCCCACCUCGCCCGUCUCGGGGUUCGUCUCGCCCUCAAAGUCGGGCGAAGGCUUGCGCCGCGCAUCGGGAUGCACGGGAUCGCCG